GCUCCAAUUUGAAAACCGCUUUCUUUCCUCCUCGCCUUUCUUUCCCUGCUUCCUCUCUGCUCUGCUUUGCUUCUCCUCCUCCUCGGGAGGCGCGCCUCGUCGGUCGCCGGUAACCAUGGCUGCUGCUUCUACCUCCGAGGUGAGGGUCGGGAGCAGGAGGAUCGUCGAUUACCUCAACGACGGCGAGGAGCUCGGGGUCGAGGGCGUGGUGGGGACGCCGCCGUGCACCCCUGCCGCAGCGGUGGUGGUCGGGGAGGCGGCGAGGUCGUCGGUGCUUCCGAGGUUCAGGUGGCCGCGGCUCGUCAGGCUUGGCAAGAAGGGCGCCGGCGCCGGGAAGGGGAAGGGGAAGGAGGAGGAGGAGGUCGUGGUGGUGGAGAAGGGCGACGACCUGCCCGUGGUGGCCGCCGUGUCCUCCUCAGCUGAGUCCGCGGUAGCAACCGACACGAAGCAUUCGGACCUCGGCGUCGGGCUAAGCCUGGUGUUCCUCCUGGCCAAGACGUCCGACGAGUUCAACAAGAUGGUCAAGGUGCGCACGGAGAUGGAGGCGCUCCUGAAGGAGAUCAAAGACGAGGUCAGGAUCAAGAGCAGCGCCGAGGGCCAUGGUGAUUUACCGAAAGACCGCAACCGCGAGUCCACCACGUCGAGCUGCGUCACCGACGGGAACGACCACGGCGCGAGCGCUCGCAUGGAGUACCAGGACGCCACGUCCGGCGUGGAGCCGGAGAGCUACGAGAAAUCUUUCCAGGAUGAUGGUGGUUGCUCCGCGAGGAUGGACGUGCUCGAGGAGGAGUUGCACGCCGAGCUGGAGCAGCUUAAGGUUAACUACGGUUCAGAGACCCCGUCAUUUCUGCCUGAAGAAGAAGAACACAAUUCAGAGCCGUACGAUGAAAUGGCCGACUGCCUGAAUGGGUAUGAUGACGAUUCAGGGGAAGUUGUUGAGGAGGACGAUGAUGACGAUGCCUGUUAUAAUGGAGUUUCUGCCGUAGAGCUGGAGAGAAGGCUCCACGAGCUCCUCCAUGAACGGAACCGGGACCGGAUUGAGGAGCUGGAAGCCGCGCUGCGAUGUGCGGAGAAGAAGCUCGUCGAGAAAGAAAUGGAGGUGUCUUUGUGGAAGGACACAGCUAAAUUCGCGUUGAGACAGGACAACGAGCUGCAAUGAGGAGAUUGUGUGGAGUUGACACACCUCUUGUACACAAUUCAUCGGUUGUACAUCAUCAUACGCCAAGGAGAAUUGUGGGCGAAGUUGGCACUUUGUCAUGGUCAACUGCAGAAUGGAUCUUCUGUGGAGGAUAUAAUAGUGAACCUGUUCAUACCAAAGUUUAGUAUUAGCCUCUUAGAUUGCCAGUACACGUUUGAUUUUGGUAAAUCAGAUGAAUGCUGCCUAAGUUAGCCUGACUGGUGUACGGAUCCUUAUGAGAUUUGAUACUGCAAGAUUCAGAAUAUCUACAUGCUCAUGGCUUUGGAUCACAAGUGA